CUGUGAGCCCGAAUCCCGGAGUUCUCCGCAAGUUCCGACCAGAUUCUGGCCUCCGGACACGCCUCUCCGGGCGCAGCGAGCAGCCCUCAGAGUUGGCUCGGGUUCAUCCUGGGGCCCCUCUGUAGUCUGAAAGCGCCGCGAACUGAGCCUCCAUUUCCGAAGCGAAAGCAUUCCUACGGGAGAACAUACCACCUCUUGAAGGAGGACCACGUUGCUAAAGGGAAAAAUCUGAGGGCGCUCUGUACAGAACACUUAAGCUCUUGGCUUUUUUCCCCACUGUAAAGGUGAAAAUGGGGCGGGCACGGUGCUGGUUAUUUUAAGAGGUAACGUACCGGAACGUUUACACACACACACUAUGUUGAAUACACGGUGAACGUGGGUUUGCCCACAACAAAGAUGGCGUCCACACAUGUUAACCGGGUGCGGUCACGUCCUCAUAGACCAGGAUGCGGGCCAGUAUGACUUCAGAUGACAAGCGGAUGUAAAAGCUCACUUCCGGGUGGGACCAAUCGGGCGCCAUCUUGUCUUGUUCGUGAAGAAGUAGAAGCAUCGGAAGGGUUGGAGAGGUGUUAACAAGAGCGGUGGCGACAGCGGUGUUCGGAGCCAGUGUGGGGCAUAAGUAAUCUUGUUGCUAUGCUUCCAAGCUGUAGCCUGAAUCAACCUAAAUUUUAAACAGAAGGUGAACCUCUGAGGCUGGAAGUGAGAUCCAGAAGCUUAACAGAUCCAGUGAAACAUUUUUUGGUGAAACUAUUGCUAGUGAUUCCGGAUAGAAAGUCAAGUAUAUGUAAAAGUCAGGAUGUGGGACCAAGGAGGAGGACAGCCUUGGCAGCAGUGGCCCCUGAACCAGCAGCAAUGGAUGCAGUCAUUCCAGCACCAGCAGGAUCCAAGCCAGAUUGAUUGGGCUGCAUUGGCUCAAGCUUGGAUUGCCCAAAGAGAAGCGUCAGGGCAGCAAAGCAUGGUAGAACAGCCACCAGGGAUGAUGCCAAAUGGACAAGAUAUGCCUACCAUGGAAUCCGGUCCAAACAAUCAUGGGAAUUUUCAAGGAGAUUCAAACUUUAACAGAAUGUGGCAACCAGAAUGGGGAAUGCAUCAGCAACCCCCACACCCCCCUCCAGAUCAGCCAUGGAUGCCACCAACACCAGGCCCAAUGGACAUUGUUCCUCCUUCUGAAGACAGCAACAGUCAGGACAGUGGGGAAUUUGCCCCUGACAACAGGCAUAUAUUUAACCAGAACAAUCACAACUUUGGUGGACCACCCGAUAAUUUUGCAGUGGGGCCAGUGAACCAGUUUGACUAUCAGCAUGGGGCUGCUUUUGGUCCACCGCAAGGUGGAUUUCAUCCUCCUUAUUGGCAACCAGGACCUCCAGGACCUCCAGCACCUCCCCAGAAUCGAAGAGAAAGGCCCUCAUCAUUCAGGGAUCGGCAGCGAUCGCCUAUUGCACUUCCUGUGAAGCAGGAGCCUCCACAAAUUGAUGCAGUAAAACGCAGAACUCUUCCAGCUUGGAUUCGGGAAGGUCUUGAAAAAAUGGAACGUGAAAAGCAGAAGAAGUUGGAGAAAGAAAGAAUGGAACAGCAACGUUCACAGUUGUCCAAAAAAGAAAAGAAAGCCACAGAAGAUGCUGAAGGAGGGGAUGGUCCUCGUUUACCUCAGAGGAGUAAAUUUGACAGUGAUGAGGAAGAUGAAGACGCUGAAAAUGUUGAGGCUGCAAGCAGUGGGAAAGUCACCAGAAGUCCAUCUCCAGUUCCUCAAGAAGAGCAAAGUGAACCAGAGAUGACUGAAGAAGAGAAGGAGUAUCAAAUGAUGUUGCUGACAAAGACGCUUCUGACUGAAAUCCUACUGGAUGUCACAGAUGAAGAAAUUUAUUAUGUAGCCAAAGAUGCGCACCGGAAAGCAACGAAAGCUCCUGCAAAACAGCUGGCACAGUCCAGUGCACUGGCCUCCCUCACUGGACUCGGUGGACUGGGUGGUUAUGGAUCCGGAGACAGUGAAGAUGAGAGGAGUGACAGAGGCUCUGAGUCAUCUGAUACUGAUGAGGAGGAAUUACGGCACCGAAUCCGGCAAAAACAGGAAGCUUUUUGGAGAAAAGAAAAAGAACAGCAGCUGUUACAUGAUAAACAGAUGGAAGGUAUAUCUUUGAGAUUUGAUAGCUUUAAGUUAGUUGAAUUUAUCCAUAAAGAGCAAAAUAGUUUAUCACUACUAGAAACAAGAGAAGCAGAUGGUGAUGUGGUUAAUGAAAAGAAAAGAACUCCAAAUGAAACUCCAUUAGUUUUAGAACCAAAAAAAGAGCAUAAAGAGAAAGAGAAACAAGGCAGGAGUAGGUCAGGCAGUUCUAGUAGUGGGAGUUCCAGUAGCAAUAGCAGAACUAGUAGUACCAGUAGUACUGCGUCUAGCUCUUCAUACAGUUCGAGCUCAGGUAGUAGCCGCACUUCUUCUCGAUCUUCUUCUCCUAAAAGGAAAAAGAGGCACAGUAGGAGCAGAUCUCCAGCAGUUAAAGCCAGACGUAGUAGGAGUAGAAGUUACUCUCGCAGAAUUAAAAUAGAGAGCAGCAGGGCUAGAGUCAAGGUUAGAGACAGGAGGAGAUCUACUAGAAAUAGCAUUGAAAGAGAGAGACGGCGAAAUCGGAGCCCUUCCCGAGACAGGCGUAGAAGUAGAAGUCGCUCAAGAGAUAGGCGAGCCAAUCGGUCCACGCGCAGUAGGAGUCGAGAUAGGCGUAAAAUUGAUGAUCCACGUGGAAAUCUUAGUGGGAGCAGUCAUAAGCAUAAAGGUGAGGCUAAAGAACAAGAGAGAAAAAAGGAGAGGAGUCGAAGUGUAGAUAAAGAUAGGAAAAGGAAAGACAAAGAAAGGGAGCGUGAACAGGAUAGGAGAAAAGAGAAACAAAAAAGGGACGAAAAAGAUUUUAAGUUCAGUAAUCAGGACGAUAGGUUAAAAAGGAAACGAGAAAGUGAAAGAACAUUCUCUAGGAGUGGUUCGAUAUCUGUUAAAAUCAUCAGACAUGAUUCUAGACAGGAUAGUAAGAAAAGUGCCACCAAAGACAGUAGAAAACAUUCAGGCUCUGAUUCUAGUGGAAGGAGCAGUUCUGAAUCUCCAGGAAGUAGCAAAGAAAAGAAGGCUAAGAAGCCUAAACAUAGUCGAUCGCGAUCCGUGGAGAAAUCUCAAAGGUCUGGUAAGAAGGCAAGCCGCAAACACAAGUCUAAGUCCCGAUCAAGAUCAACAACCCCUCCCCGUCGAAAACGCUGAGGAAUGAUGUGGCAAGAAUGCCAUGAUGUUUAAAAAAUUCCAUGAGUUUUAAGGGCUUGUCUCAUUAUAGAGGCACAUUGUGGCUGUGUAGGUGAAACCAGAAUCUUUUUUUUUUUUUAAUCUGUAAAUAGGUGUACUUUUUCCAAAUGCUGCUCCAAGUUACUUAAUAGGAUUUCUUUGUAUUACAUUUUUUUCAAAAAUAGUGCAUAAUAAGACUAUAAACAUGCCAUUCUCUUUCAGCUGUAAUGUUCUUAAAGUUAUUCUUGAAUGUACUGUGAUGUCAAUAAAGCUCUUUAGUUCAUUUUUGUUAACUUCUUGCACCUUAAUUUUGAUUUUAAUCUAAGGAACGUACUCUUUUAUAAAAAGGCAGCUGGAAUUUUGUAUAACAGGUUUCAAAGGUACUUCCUCUCAUCUCCCCCAAAGAAAAUGGUUUUAACUUAAUAGUGUGUCAAAAGUUUGUAAAUUGUACCCAUGGAUUUUUGUCAAAUUCCAACUUUAAGGGUGUGGAAGAGGGCCAGAAAUAGAUCUUUACUUUCUUGGGGGAAGCACUUGACAUAUUUUUAGAUUUUUCUUCCUAUUUUGGGGAUUUCAAGUAAUAUAUUCUCUGUGUGUAUAAAGUAUGGUUCAUCUCCUGUAAAAUGAAAUUGCUGGAAUCAGUCAAGCCAGUGCACCAUUAGAGUUUUUCAUAAGGAAUGAUUGUGUGUGACACUAAUAGUCAAAUCUGGAACUAUAUUCUGCAGUGACCCACUUCUGCUUUAGAAGCAUAUUUUAAACACUUGGGGUUUAUUAUAGAAAUAAGACUCACAAUUCAAUAUAUUUAUAUUUUUAAAGUUUAAUACGACAGCUGAUUGGAGGAAUGCUGUGUUAGCAGGUUUGUGUCAGUUUCAUAACACUAAAAUGGUUUUGGCGCCUCUUAAAAUCAUGGUGAGUGGUCUAGCAAUUUAAAGCGGUCAUGACUUCUAAGUAAAAUGAGGCUUUGCAGGCAUUUAAAUGCUCAGUUGCUUUGAAGGUCUGUUUCUAUAUGAGUAAUCACUUAUCUCACAAUAGUUAAAUCUCUGAAAACAAAUGCUUUAAAAUUUUAAUUUAAAAAGAAGAGAGCAGGUGCAGGUCCCAGAAAAGCUCCAAAGUAUGCUUUCUUACCAGCAAUAUUUCAUUUUAAAAUAAGUCAGAUUUUUGCCAACAUUAGUGUUUCCUCAAAAUGAAGAUAGAAUAGAUUUGUAUAGUGUGCUCUUGUACCUCUACAUAGGUUCUUUAAUAAUUUUGAGCAGUUAUGCAUUUAUCUAGAGAAAAUGAAUCAACUGUGAAUAAAUGCAUGUUUACCAAAAAUGGUUGUUUUACAGUGCAUUUAGUUUGAUACUUAUAAAGAUGACAUUCACAGAAUAUCUUUUGAAUAGUUUGGAAUUCUAUAUAGUUUAGAUAUCAGUCACAUCUGGAGACAAAGGAAAAUGUGCAAUAUUUUUUAUGUAGGUGAGCUAUAAUGUACUUAAUUACAGAAUUAUCCAAUUAAUUUGUAAUAGAUAAAUUGUAUAACAUUUUCAUAUAUUAAAGUGUUUUUUAGAUCAAUCUUCAGGUAAAAUGAUAUUUUCAAAAUAAAAUUCUACAGAAAAGUUCUGCUGGCUAUGAUAUGCACAUUUUUGGGCAAAAUACGAAUAGAGCCAAAAUUUGACAGUUAUUUACUCUGCCAUAAUAUGCAAGCUUCUUAUCACUUAAGUCUGUAGAUAUUUUUUAAAGCACAGCCAUGAUGUGUGUUAUUAUUAGUAGAUACAUCAAUGUUAAAAUUAGAUAUUUUGGUUUUUUAUAUUUUUAUGGGUAAUUUAGAGAAUUUGUCAUUUCAUUGACAUGUAAUAUAUGUUUACCUUGAGUGGUAAGAUUUUUUUAAAAUGGGGCUUCCAUGAUUGGGGAUGUGAAUGCUAAAACUUACACAGAAUUUAAUUAGAUGUAUAAUUUGGUCAUUAAAUCUUCUAAAAUGACACCACCAGAAAAAUAAUAUUCAGUUUUUGAGAUAAUCAUUGGUCUGGCUUGGUUAAUAAAAACUGUCUUAAGAGGUU